AGAGAUCUGUGGCGACAUGUGAAGAAAUGUUCUUCAAAACCAGUAGAAGCCAAUUCAGAGAUUGGAAGAAAAAAGGUAUUGUCUUUGGCCUCUAUGAAUGAGUCAGCUCUUUCUCAGCAAAUAUCCCCAGGUGUUUGGAAGAUUUUAGCUGUCAUGAAAGACGAUGAGAUAACUGCUACUGUGCGAAGUGACUAUUCUAUUCUUCAGCUGGCCCAGUCAUUUUUUAAUAAACAUGCACAGGAUCCCACCAAAUAUGACUAUAUUCGCCAGACACUCAGAGAAAGUGGAAGACUUCUGCUUACGCUUCGCAAGGAAUUCUCAAUACAAACUCUUGAAGAUGCUGUGAGACCAGCAAAUUUUGAUGUGGUGAUCAAAGCUGUUAAGAAAGUGUCUGGGUACGAUGACGAAAAGCACUGCUACCGUACUCCAAGCCUUGCAUUAAAGUUGGGUCACUCACUCCAGAAAGUCAGUGACAUUUUACAUUGUAGAGCACUGAUGGCAGAAGACAGUAACCUGAUAAAGUCAACCCAGAGUUUUAAAACCCUCUAUGCUACAAAGUGGUCAGAACUCAUCUCCCACACUGCUUUAACUACGCUAAAUGAGCGCCACUUUAACAAGCCUUCCACUCUUCCUUUUACGAAAGAUGUUCAGUGUCUUCAUAGACAUCUGGAGAAGUCUACAGAACAAGCAUUGAAGGACUUGGAUGACCAUAGUUCACCAAAAUCAUAUAGUGAACUUUGUAAAGCCACCAUGGCAAAUGUAAUACUUUUUAAUAGGAGAAGAGGGGGAGAAGUUUCAAAGAUGACGCUGAAUGGUUUUCUGGAGAGAGACACAAGUGCCCUGCACAAGGAUGUCGCUUUUGGACUGACACAAUUUGAACUUCAUCUUUGUCAACACUUCAGUCGUGUUGAAUUAAGGGGUAAAAGAGGCCGGAAAGUUGCAGUGUUACUUUCACCAGACAUGGUGAUGGCAAUAACACGCCUAAUAGAGAAAAGAAAAGACUGUGGUGUUCUGGCAGAAAACCUGUUCCUGUUUGCCAGGCCUCAUUGUCUGACUCCCUACAGAGGACAGGACUGUUUGAGGCUCUAUGCGAGUGAAUGUGGGGCUGAAAACCCUGAGCUCCUCAGGUCCACGCUAUUACGGAAACAUGUCGCAACUUUGUCACAGAUCUUGAAUCUCAAGAAUCAUGAGUUAGACCAAGUUGCUGACUUUCUUGGGCAUGAUAUUCGCGUUCAUCGUGAAUUUUACCGACUUCCAGAGGCUACUACCCAGCUGGCCAAAAUCUCCAAAUUACUGCUUGCCAUGGAGAAAGGUUCUCUCAGAAACCUUCAAGGCAAAACACUUGAGGAGAUUGAAAUUGAAGAUCACCUACAGUUGACCGAAUCAAGUGCAGAGAGUGAGGUUGAUGCAGAAAGUGAGGUCGAUGAAGGAAAUCUCACAUAUCCACAGACUGAUUCUACAGAGAUGAAAAGAACAACACAACCUGUUGAAGCUUCAGGUUCUGCAGGACUGCUGAAUGCUAGGCAACUUGUUGAGAAACUUCCAGGCAUGUCUGCGCCAUUAUCACAAGGUUAGCCCUUAUCCUG